GCCGACCUAAUAGGCAAUAGGUUGGUAUCUAACCACAUCUAAUCACAUCUAACAUUAAGGGAACCAGUCUCCUAAUCCGAUAUUUUUGAUUGCGUACGACCUAGUGACUCACAACUUGUGAGUCACAACGCGUUGUACAGGACCUGAUCAAAACAUCCGCAAUAUAAUCUAUUAAACACCCCUAUCAAGCUCCAUAAUCAACUCCCUGCAUCCAGCUCUCUUUAUCCGUCUAUUACAAUGACCGAUCCCAUAUUCCACCUGGAGACCCCCCACCUCUUUAUAGGCUACUUUGAUGCCAAUAAUCCCAUCCACUGCACCUUCCUCGUCACUCUCUACAACACCCCCGAAUUCAUUGCCUCCGAAGGCAAGACCGCCAUCAUCUCUCCCGAGGCUGCACGUGAAAGAAUCGCCACCCCCUUCGUCGAGGAACAUGCCCGCAACGGCUAUGGUCAAUUUCUCGUACAUCUGAGAAGUGACUCAGACCCCUCAUUCUCGGCUGCGAUGCCCAUUGGCUCCGUGUGCUUGACGAAGGGCAACAAUCCGGAUUCAUUUGAUGUGCCGGAUGUGGGAUUUGCGCUUAUCUCUGAGGUGCAUGGGAGGGGCUACGCGACGGAAGCUGCGCGUACGCUUUUGGAGUAUGUCAAGAAGGAGCAAGGACUGAAGAACUAUUUUGGAUUUACGAGUCCAGGAAAUACGGCUAGUAUGAGGGUGAUGAAGAAGUUGGGCAUGGUAGAUUUAGGAGUUCAGCCAUUUCAAGGAGAGGAGACACAUGUGUUUGCAUCGCCAGGCAUUGGGAAUUUGGAGAAGUAUGGGUUUAAGAACUGAUUUGUUUCGAGCCCCCAACCACUACUACCUCUAACAACAAGUAGCCAUACGGAGUACAUGAAAUACGUUAUGUUACACCGCCUUUGUUUUGCCAUCAAUAGAAUCAUUCUGCCCACACAAACUGAUCCUGGCUAGCGAAGGCGGUAUAACAUAACCUAUUCCAUAUACCUCCGUGCUAUUAUGGGAGCGUCUAAAAUGGCAGUGGGACACCAAGGCUCUCCACUCAGCUUCACCCAUUUAGAAUAGCAAUUUAGUAGAGGGCA